AUGGCAAGCAGUAAUGACCAACUUGAGACUGGUGAGGCGUCGGGCGGUACCAAUCGUUCAGGUCCUAGAGGUGCGAGGUGGACCGAGGAAGAAGAGAUGUGGCUGAUUGUCAAUACCAUUGAGCAAAAUAGCAACGAAUGGCUGGCCCAAAACAUACCGGGGAGCAAUGGGCGUACUGCGAACUCCAUCGCAAGCCAUCUGGCCGAGCUUCGCAUAAGGAACAAGCUUCCUCGAGCGUGGAGAUCGGGGAUUAUAGAUGGGACACCAGACUGGACACUCGCAGAGGACCUGGAAAUCAUAGAGUGGAUCCUCCAUGACGAACGAAGAAUUGACGCGCAGGUGUUCGUUGCGACUAAUCGUUCUGGAGAGGCAAUUCAACGCCGGGGAAGAUUCCUCAUGGCGGACGAUGAGUUCGCGGCUAUUGUCUAUGACACAGAAGAUCGUCUUCGGUUGGUGCAGCUCCGGUAUGACAUGACUCCCGAAGGGCCGGAAAAGGAGGCAGCCUACGCAGCUCUCGUACAAGCUGAAAAUGACGCUGAACGGAUUAUCCGUGACGCAUUGCGGGAGACGCGUGGUUGCGUAUAUCAGUCAUCCAUUUGGUAG